GGGAGCAGGAGCUGCGGCUGUCGGUGCUCUCGCUGCACACCGAAAGGACAAUUCCACACAAAAAGGGGGGAAUUUUGUGUUUGUGUUUUUUGUUAAACACCAUCCGUUUUCACGGAAUUGGCCCGGUCUUCUGGAAUACGGGAUUUGGACAUGAGCAAAUUUCGUCAGAUUUAGACAGGGAUUUGAACGACAGCAAGGUACCAACACUAAAAACACGGAGGGCCAUGCGCAAACGUCCCCUCGCUUUGUAAUGACCGACGUUGCGCUUGUGUUUCAACUGGUUUCUAAACAUGGAAUGACCGGUUCCCUGUGGAUUAUUUGAUGGGGCUGCUAAGAGUCAUGAUGCCGCCCAAGUUUCAGCUUCUGGCGCUGCUGGCGUUUGCCGUGGCCAUGUUCUUCUUGGAGAACCAAAUCCAGAAGCUGGAGGAGUCCCGUGGAAAGCUUGAGCGAGCGAUUGCCAGACACGAGGUGCGGGAAAUUGAGCAACGGCACACGCAGGACGGGCAACGUGAGCGCGAGGCCCCAGCAUCACUGCUGUCUGACAGCGAGGAUGUGGUGAUCAUUUACAACCGUGUGCCCAAGACGGCCAGCACCUCUUUCACCAACAUCGCCUACGACCUGUGCGGGAAGAACCGCUACCACGUCCUGCACAUCAACACCACCAAGAACAACCCCGUCAUGUCCAUACAGGACCAGGUGCGGUUUGUGAAGAAUGUAACAGAAUGGAGGGAAAUGAAGCCAGCCUUCUACCACGGACAUGUCUCCUUCCUCGAUUUUACCAAGUUUGGAGUGAAGAGGAAGCCUAUCUACAUCAAUGUGAUCCGGGACCCCAUUGAGAGACUUGUGUCCUACUAUUACUUCCUACGCUUUGGAGAUGACUACAGACCAGGCCUGAGGCGCAGGAAACAAGGAGACAAGAAGACGUUUGAUGAAUGUGUGUCAGCGGGGGGCUCUGACUGCGCACCUGAGAAGCUCUGGCUGCAGAUUCCCUUUUUCUGCGGUCACUACUCUGAAUGCUGGAAUGUGGGAAGCCACUGGGCCCUGGAGCAGGCAAAAUUCAACCUGGUUAAUGAGUACAUGCUGGUUGGGGUGACGGAGGAGCUGGAAGACUUUGUCAUGAUGCUGGAGGCUGCACUACCACGCUUCUUCAAGGGAGCCACUGAGCUUUACAAAACAGGGAAGAAAUCCCACCUGAGGAAGACGAGUGAGAAGAAGCCCCCUACCAAGGAGUCAGUUGCCAAGUUGCAGCAGUCAGCCAUAUGGAAGAUGGAGAACGAGUUCUAUGAGUUUGCCCUAGAACAGUUCCAGUUUGUCAGGGCCCAUGCCGUCAGGGAAAAGGACGGAGAGCUCUACCUGCUGGCCCAGAACUUCUUCUACGAGAAAAUCUACCCUAAAAAUUAGCUAAGUUGCACACACCCGCGGAAGAGUUUGGUGUGUCAGUUGAAUGCUCUGUACAGUCUUGAUCUCUCACACACACUGAGGAGAAACAAGAAACUGAAUAGGGAAGCAGUUAGAGGCUAACUGGACAAAGACUGCUGUUGACUUUGAGGUUGCCCUCUGAGAGCUAUCUGAUUUGGAGCAAACGACUGAGCUAAAGAGACAACCCCCAGUUUUGAGGUACUAGGGAGAUUCUGAAUGUGACUGGUAAGCCUUCUACAUUCAUCUCUGGGCCAGCCAACUGAAACCAAGAGUCAUGAGAAUCAAUAUCCUCCUGAUCAACAGUGUCAAUAGGUCAUGUUCCCACCAACCUGAGCCCAAGACUCCCCCUCGCUCCCAUGUGAAAGGUCAUUUUGUGAAGGGUUUUCCAGCCACAGGACCAGAGACAACCUGGCCGGCAACUGGUCAGACUGUAACUUUUGAUUGAUCACGCAACAACUAUUCCAUCCAAAGGAAGCAUUUUUAUCAGCUGUGUUCUGUUUAGUUGUUUUUUUUUUGGGGGGGGGGUUGCAUUAUUUUUAACCAACUUUACCAUCAUUGCAUUUGAUACAUAAAGACAGGGGCAUUUUAAUAAUGAAAAGAUAUCCCCAUGAUUCACCGCCACUACUAACAUAAAGACAUUAAAGUGUGAGAAACUACUGUGCUGUAUUAUUGGACUUGAGCAAGAGCUGUUGAGAUUUUUAUGACAUUAAACUCCUGUGACCAUAGACUAUUUACUGGGGCAAGCGUAUGUGGUUUAUAUACUGUACUUGAUGUAUUUGUUUUUUGAAUCUUGUAAAUGUACAUCCUUGCCCAGGUGUUUCUUUGGUAACACAGGAAGUGUUUACACAUGAUGUACUUAAACUGUGGAAGAACACAAUGGCAACGAUGCUGCUGCUGUAUAUAUUUACUAAUUUUAGUACGUUUUAUUUCCGGUAAGCUGGUGAUGCGAUUAACUUAUUUGCACUGUGGUGACGCCUUUGAUAAAUUAACAGUCUGUGCAUUUAACGGUGUUUAAAUUUGGUCUUCUUUUUUUUUCAACAACCUGCUUUAUUGCUUUCAUGUCUGAUAUUUUUUAUUUCAUUGGUGAUCCACAGUUAAACAUGGAUGCCUACAAGGAUGGUACCCCGCUGCUGAACGCUCCACUCUUGUUUUUUGUGCAACCAUACAUACUUAUUUGAUAAAAUGAUUUGCUAAUUUCAUGAUGGAUCUACUCCAGCUUCCUUGAUUUUCCUUAAGCUAGGGGCCUAUUUAUGGCCAAUUAAAAUGUAAGAAGGCACCCCUCACUAAGAUGCUAACUACCACAAGCUCAGAUGGAAAAGCCCUCAAAAUGACAUUAAGUAUUGAUUUCAUUCAGCCAAUCCAGUCAUUUAGUCAACUUGUCUUCGGUCUCAGCAGAGGCUCUUGUUUGAAAGGCUCAUUGAUAUGCUAAUUGGGUGCUGCGUAUUUUGUCCCAUUUGUAUACAGUCAAUUCACUCGAGAUGGGAAAUCCCACAUUCCAAAACUCAUUAUAACCGUAUUUUAAUUCAAAGAGGAAUGGGUUCAGAUCUCCAAAUUAGGAAGGUGUCUAGCUGCAACGACUGGAGACUAAAAUUACUAUGUGCCUUCUCUACACCCAAUUCUCUCCAUUUGUAUUGGAGAUUUUUGUCUGCUGGAAUGUCACCGUUUUUGUUAAAACCGUUUCCUUUUUCGCCUGCCAAAAAUAUACUGCUCAAGAAAAUUUAAUGCAUGUUUUGUUUUGUUAUUUUUGUACACCCGUAUAUGUAUGUGUGCGUGUUUAUGUAUUAAAAAUAGACCAAGAUAUUUUUGAAUCAAAGGAAUUUAAGAUGGAUCAUUUCACGACUGGUAACCUGUAGGGGGCGAUAAAGAACAGUCUGCUCCUUACGGCGCUCAAUGUGUGUGUCUGUUCACAUUCAUUUUCUCACCCUUUGACUUA